CACUUAACAUUCAUCACAGCCAAGCUUCCUGUGUUUCAAAGAUACAAGUAGCUUGGUCUUGGUCUUGUGCCUCAUUCACUCCAUUAAUUCUCUUCUAUUUCUCUCUCCACAUUUCAAAAUUCAACUCUACCAUAAUCGCCAUUGAUUUUGAAAGAAGGAAAAGAAAACCAAGGAAUUUGUUUCUCCAUUUGGCGACCAAGAUCGUUUUCGCAACCAUUUGGCCACUCUUUUCGUUGAUUUUCAGCUUUUUAAUAUUUUUUCUCGUCACCCAUUAAGCGAAAUUUCUUCUAUUCCUUUCCUUUUAUCUCUUUUCCACACACAAACACACAGAAUUCCUCCUUUUGAAUAAUCUUCUGCUUUACUUGCACUUCUAUCUACGACAGAGCAGAUCUUUUUCUUCAAUUGUUAGGAUGGAGAGAGUGUUGGCAUUGGCCUCCCAACACCCAGUGCUAAUUUUCAGCAUGAGCACUUGUUGUAUGUGUCAUGCUAUCAAGACGCUCUUCUUUGAGCUUGGAGUGAACCCGACGAUCCAUGAGAUCGAUGAAGACCCCAACGGAAGGGAAAUGGAGAGGGUGUUGCUCAGGCUGUUGGGCCGUAGCCCACCUGUUCCUCUCGUUUUCAUAGGCGGUCAGCUGGUGGGCCCUAUCGAUAGGGUCAUGUCUCUUCACCUCGGUGGCUCUUUAGUCCCGCUUCUCAAAGAAGUAGGAGCUCUGCAUUAAAAUCAUGCUCUGAUAUCAUGCAAAUAGAAGGUUAUUGCUUCCGUCCUCAUCAGUAACCGAAGAUCAAGUUAAAUAAGAAAGAUCACUGAAACUUAUGUUUUAAGUGAUAGUAUUGUGUUUGAAUUUGCAUUUUCUUAGAAUUUCUGGUUGUUAAGUAGUUAUGAUUUAUAAAUGGGAUAUUUAGGUCUACAA